UGUGGAGCCUGACUUUGCUAGCCUCCUGUCACAUCAGUCUGAAAAUAGUCGUUCGUAGAGAACGCUGCUAUUCAAGUGUUGGUGAAUGGCCCUGUCCGUCUUGUUUGUGAUUUGCGCAGCGUUUCUGUUGCUGCCCAUUUACGAGACAACUACUACGCAUGAGAAUCGAACUCAAAUUUCAGCAAGCGUCGAGCAUUUGAGUAGCAAUUCAAGCAAAGGUGGUCCAGCAGGAAAUACUGUUGAAGGACAUCGUGUUACGCCCAUGCCCAAGCACCGUUUUUCGUCCAUGUUGUCUGCGUCGAAAAAACUGAUAAAAGCCGGGACGUGUUCACUUCCAGAAGACCCAUCUGUAGACUUGGCACUGGACCAUUCUAGCACCAACUUACCAGUUACAAAAAUUAUUUCGAUACCAGUAACAGACUUUUCUUGUCUUGAUCGCCAGCCGGGAUACUACGCAGACAACGAUCGCCAAGCAUCUUGUAGGAUCUUCCAUUAUUGCAAUGGAGAUGAUUCUAUCUUGUCUUUCAUAUGUCCAACAUGCACCUUAUUUCACGAGGAAAAGCAACUCUGCGACUACUGGUAUAUUAGUGUGUACGGAAAACACUACAACUGCUGAGGGACGUCAUUACUUAUACCAUUUCACGAGGUGCCCACAAACAGAUCAGAUUUGAAGGAGCAAUGCUGUGCCGGCCAAAACCCAUUUAGAUGGUUUAUCUCUCGUCUUCAACUGAAAGUUCCAGAUAUAGGUUUCUGCUCUCUGCUGCGUGUGAUAUACCGGACACUCAUAUGUUCCUCUGAUGUCCAACUUAUCUUGUGUGACAGCCUGAAAAUCAAUUAUUAAAAAAAAAAAUAAAAUAAAAAAAGUGUUCACAAGUA